AUGAAAUAUGAAAAAAAAUAUUGGAAUGAUAAAGGGAAAAAGAGAAAUGAGAAACAAUUAAAUGAUGAUAAUUAUAGAAAUAAUAGAAAAUAUCAAAAUGAUAGUGGUUAUAAUAAAGUGAAUAAUAAUAAUAAAAUGCAAGGAGAAAAAGGAACUUAUAAUAAUACACCCUUUUUAGGAAAUAUGAAAAAUAAAAAAUAUAAUUAUGAAGGAAAUACAAUUGGCUUUGAUAAAAGGAAUAGCAACCAUGAAUAUAAUCCAUCCUUUAAUAAAAAAGGUGGGAUGCAUCAAAAAUCAAAAAAUCCGAAUUUAUAUUAUCAAGAUAAAUAUGGUAGAGAAAAUAAAGAGAGAUCUCCUAGAUAUAAUUAUAAUCGUAAUAAAUAUAAUAAGAAUUAUUCUAGUGGUGAUCAUAUAAAUAAUAAUGAAAAUUACAAUAAUGAAUAUUAUAAUAAUUAUAUGGAUGAUGGUAAUAAUAAUAAUAAUAAUUAUAUAGAUGAUGGUAAUAAUUAUAUGGAUAAUAAUAAUAAUUAUAAUUAUAUGAAUGAUCAGGGCAAAAACAUCCCUGAUAUUAGACAAGAAGAUAUCAAUAUAGAAUUAAAUAAAUUACAUAGAGAUCUUCACAAUUUAUUAUUUACAUCAUCAAAAAAUAAUAAUAUAAAUAAUACAAAUGAAAAUAAUAAUUUAAAUAUAGGUGAUCCUAUGUUCUUACAUAAUAUUAUGACAAAAAAUAAUCAAGAGAAUUUCGAUAAUAUGGAACCUCUAACAAACUUUAAUGAUUCUCAGAAUGAUUUCAACAAAAAUUUUGGGGAUUUUUUUAAUUCUUAUGAUAUGAAUGCUAAAUAUAAAGAAAAAAAUAUAAGAGGAGCAGAAAAUUACGAAAAGGAUGGAAAUGAAGUGAAUCCAUAUGGUAAACAUUAUAACUAUAAUGUUAAUGAUCAAAGUGGUCAUAAUUAUCAAUACGAUAAUGAUAAUAAAAAUAAUAACCAUAAUUUAAAUAAUAAGGGAAAUUUUAUUAAAAGUAAUACUACUACUAAUAAUAGUGAUGUAUUAACUCAAUUGUCCAUAUUAAGAAAUAUUCCUUUUAAUAAUUCAAUUGAUGAAGAAGAAGAAGAAGAAAAUGAUAAAACUAGCACGAAUGAGAAAACAGCUAUGAUAUUAAAUGAUUUAAAAAAAUGUCUUAAUAAAAAUGACUCGAAUAUAUAUACAAAUACUGACAACACGUUAAGUGGUAUAUCAAAUGAAGGUGAAGAAUAUAUAUAUGAAAAUGAUAUGAUGAAAAAUCAAUAUGUAGACAAAUUACAUAGCAACCACCACAAUAAUAAUAAUAAUAAUUUUCAUAUGUAUCAAGAAAAAAAUGAUAAUAAUUUAAAAUACCAAAGUGGUAUGUAUAAUUAUUAUAAAAAUGAUAAUAAGUCAUUAGAAGAAUCCUCCAUAUCUAAUGGUAGUAGUGUUGAAGAUACAAAUGAAUAUAAAAACAAAAAAGAGGAGGAAUAUAGCUAUAACGAUAUGUUAUUUCCAAAAUCUAAAAUUGAAGAAUCCUUAAGAGUAUUAAAUACAUUACAAGUAGAUAUAGAAAGAGUUUGUUGUUACAUAAAACAUUUUAUAGAACCACCUGAACCAUUAUUUGAAGUUAUGAUUAAUGUAUUUAUAGAUAAAAAAGUUAGUGUAACUUCUAAAAUGGCUAUAUUUUAUGUAUAUAAUCAUUUAAUUCAAGAAUUAAGAAAUAAUUUAAAAAACGAUUUGAUAAAAUUUAAUUCCAUAGCAGAUAAAGGAUUACAUAUAUUUGUUAUUCCUGUAUUAAGACAUAUAUUAGAAGAACGAGGUUAUGAAGAAAUGAUAAAUAAAUUUUUUAGGUGUAUAGGUAUUUGGAAUGAUCGAAAUGUAUAUAGUAAAAUUGUAUGUGAUCAAUUAAAAUCCUUACAAAAAAAUCCAAAUAAAAAAAUAGAUUUUUCUAUGAAACAUCCAGGAUAUCAAGCACAUAGUUUAUUAUCUAAUGAGUUAUCAAAAUUUUUACCUAUAAAUUUUAUAUUAAAAAUGCCGAGUACUAAUAAUGAACAUAAAAAAGCUUUACAAAAUAAAAUAUUAACUGCCUUAUUUAAUAAUAUAUCAAAAGAAACCUUAAAAGAAUUUCAAACGAACGAUAUAGAAGAAGCAUCCAAACUUUCUGAUAAAGUUAUGAGAAUGUUUGGACAAGAAUUAGUGUUAAUUAAUUCUCAAAUACUUGAACUAUCCUCUUUGAUAACAGACAAUAAUAAUCACUUAGUAAAGAUACAGAAUGCCUUGGAAAAGUUAAAUGAAUAA